AAGGAAAGGCAGGACUGCAGGAAUCCGGAUAUGAUGAAAAUGUUUGAGAAACAACUAUAUCCUCAGAAAACAACCGCCAAUGAACGUCGAAAGCGCCGCGAGGAUUAUUAGUGAUAUAGAUAUUUUUUUAUAAGACAACAACAUCUGGACUAAUUGGGACUGGGAUACACUGCUUGCUAACGUUAGCCUACCCAAAAAGUUUUUGGACGCCAAGUUACUCUUUCACCCAGUUUCGUCUUUUCUUCCCAACGUCUCGGAGAGAGAGUCGGAGGAAGGAAGGAUGGGAAGAAGUCCGAAUUGAAGCAAAAGGGAGUUGUCAUGUUUGAAAGCACUGAGGGCUGAAGGGAAGGGAGGAACUUCUUCUUCUUCUGCUGCGUGUCCAAAAAAGACGACUGUCUCAUGUCCAAGGAGACCGUCCUUCCUCCGGAUGGGCCGGCAGGGCCAGGAAAAAGCCCUCAGCAAGAGACAAGUCCCCUGCUGUCAGACUCACACGAUGCUUGUGACAGGGAAUCGUCCGGAAGAACACCGUCUCCCAGGAAACCAGCCGCUGAAGGACAAAGUCACGUGACCGAGGAGAAGCCUAAUUAUUGCGAGCCUGUAAGAACUCAACCCCAGUCUCAGACAGUGCCCUCGGAGCCUGCCGAGGGAGACGCUGGCAAGGACCAACAUGGCUUUCGCCACAACAGCACUGGCACACCCGUGCUGAGUAACGGCAACGGCUUCCACCCUGGCAUCAGCGGCGCGGGGGCCACGCGCACUUGCUCCUGUGGUGCCAACAUCACUACGGGCGCCGUGGGUGUUUCAGGGCCUGGCACUGGCACAAGAGCAGCGGCGACAGCGGCAACAACAGAGCAACCAGGGAAGCAGCCGCCCACGGCUGUGUCGCAGAGGGUGCAGAGGAAAUUAAGGGCUAGCCUGUCAGUCAACAGCGACAGCAGCCGACGAAGCAAAGGCAGUUCCACGGGCUCACAGAAACCUCCUUUACCAGAGGACUGCUGCGUCCACUGCAUCUUGGCCUGCCUGUUCUGCGAGUUCCUGACACUUUGCAACAUGGUGGUGACGCAGGCCUCGUGCGGUGCGUGCACGUCUGAGGCUUGCUGCUGCUGCUGCUGCACCGACGACCUGGGCGAUGACUGCAGCAGCCCCUGUGACAUGGACUGUGGCAUCAUGGACGCCUGCUGCGAGUCCUCCGAUUGCCUGGAAAUCUGUAUGGAGUGCUGCGGCAUCUGCUUCCCCACAUAGGGAGGGCCUGUGCUGGUGUCUCUGUGAGGGUAACUGGACCCUGGAUGGGAGAAUGGAAGGAAACUGCUGCUGUUGUCACUUUGAAUCCAGCAACAGACAGAGGAAACAUUUGUGUGCGUGUAUGAUUGCCAAUAUGUGUAUGUGAAUUUCCUUUUUUUUAUGUGUGUGCGUGUGUGCGUGUGUGUGUGUGUGUGUGUGUGUGUGUGUGUGCGCGUGUGCGUGCGCGUGUGUUGUUGUAUGGUGUGUCUGUGUAAAGCAUGCUUUAAAAGAUUUUUUUGACACUGGGCUUCUCCAUCAAAACCAGCUCAGCUGGAGCUACAGUAGAAGUAACUCCGGAUAUAUGAACAUGUCAUAGUGUAAGUUGUUUCUGUUAAGUAUUCUAUCCUUUGCGUAAGAAGUAUUAUCACAGACUGCCUUAAAGAUUUAACUGUUACAUCAGGAUUGCUUUUUAAUUGUAUCUUAUCUCUUAAGUCAUUUUAGUGGCCGGCGUGUUGCGUACACUAAACAAAAGGAUUUAUUUACUCUGACUUCAUUUUCAAUACAUUUUUUUCUGUGCUCAAAAACUGAGGUUACGGUCUUAGUACUGUACAACACUGUAAAAGGUUUAUGUGACAGUUCAUACAUUCCUAGUUGCAAACUGUAGUUCUGCAUCACCAACUUUCAUUUACAGUUAUCAACUGUAGCACUGUAGAACAGCUGAACCUGGUGAAAUAUCCAAAAUGAAUCAAAAAAACACAAAUUCCACUUUCUAAAAGCAAAAGUAAAAGAAUUUGUCUGUUUGAGGAUUUUUUUCUUCUAUUUCAACCAUUUCUUUUAAUUGAAGUGGCCUGUUGUUAUAGGAAAAAAACUGCACAAAAUUGCUGAGAAGCACAUGAUUGUUCGCUAUAUCAUGCUGGAAGGUCUAUGAAAACACGUUUUGCCAAAGAAUCUCAUCUCUCUUCUGAUUUGACAGCAUUUGAAGCUUUGGGUUUACUGGAAAUAAGCACAGAUACGUAACAGUGUGUACAGUGCUUUCUUUCUAUGAGAGUCCUCAGUGAGUGCCAUUGAUGAUUAGAGUUGGUCAGCUUCAUAUGGUACAAGUCUUUUCUGUGAUGUACACUCAGUGUAAGUAUGACUUUUUCAACUGCACUCUGUUCAUGAGGGGUGUGAUAUGGAAUUAAAAUAUGGUGACCCUGGUCGCCAUAUAAGCGGCUUUCGGGUAACAAGCCCAGUAACUCACAAUACAAAAAAAAGGAAUCAUGAACUGUCAGGUUGAACUAGUAAACUCAUGCAGGGUAAAUGCAGUUUUCUUCUCAUGUUUCUUCCAUUCCUUAAUUCUGUGUAUCUCGAGAUGAGUUUGUGGUGAUUCACCAGUGGAGUCAUUUUCUUGUCUUGGAGAUCCGCUUUGAUGUUGUUUAAGUGAUGCUACUUAAAGCUGGCCUUCAUUAGCACUGCUUUCCUAACUGCUUA